AUGUCCCCGGCGCGCCCGACGGGGCGCGCCGGGGACAUCGUCGGAGUACCGGCCCCCGGGAAGGAGGGGACAGUGCCCGCCGGUGCCUCCCCUCCCUGCCCCCGGGAACCAGGAAACGGCCCCGGCCACCUUCAGCUGGCAUUCGGGAUCAACACCACAGAUAUGGCAGUCGGCAUGUCCCCGGCUCUCCCUACCUCCAACUCCACCACUGCAGGCACCAUCCCUCCCUCCAGACCUGAAACCCCCUCCCCAGCAGUGAAGAUGGGUGCCUCCACAGUCAGUACCACUCUGCAGGAGAAGGGUGGCACAGCCCACAGCACUCCUGGGUCAGCUGCCGGCACCACGGUGCAGCCUGACCCCACUCCCACAGAGCUGCGGCUCACCACUGUCACCCCAGCUGCAAUCCCCAAGACACCCGACUGUGCUGAGACGACCCUUGUCACGUCUGUGGGGACCAGCUCGGCCCUAGCCACCACCUCGUUUGGAAUCAAAGCAAGGACACUGUCUUCCCCCACCUCCAUUCUUCUCUCCCCGACUCAGGUGGCCACCACACAUGGCACCAGCCAAAGGCCAGCUGUGACCACGCUGCUCAGCAGCACAUCCCCAGGCACUGGCAGUGCCUCUUCUCUGACAGCCACCUCAGAUGAGCCGUCAACCACCCCGUCAGACACCACGGCUGCCCUCACGACCAGCAUGGAGGCCACUGGGAGCACCCCCAUCACCAGCCAGCCCAAUGGGACCACGACCAGCACCAGCCCUGGGACCACCGCCUUGGAUGUGACAGAGACCGUGUCCCUGGCUUUUCCUACCUCUCUGACAUCUAUGGAGACCUCAUCAGUGGUGUCCACCACUGACUCCAGCACCACAGGCACCAUCCCUCCCUCCAGCCCUGAAACAGGAGCCUCCACGCUGGAGACAUCCCUGGGGACUGACAGAUCUUCACCUCCCAUCGCAUCUUCCCCGACUGCACCAGCAUCGCCAGACACUUCGGCAGAGUCCUCGAUGACCACAGGGGACACCACAGGCACCUCUGAUACCAGCACAGGGUACAGCACUCCCAGCCAGCCUGUCGAGACCACGUUUGGGAUCACCUCUGGUACCUCCACUGUGACUAUGGAGACAACCCCAGGCACCUCGACAGUACCUGAGACCUCCAGUGCAGCCACGGGCACGGAGCCCUCUUCCCCCACCACCAACUCAACCCAGACUACAGACGAUACCCUCAGCACCCCCACAGACCUGACAACGACAGCGUUCUGCCCCACCACUGCAUCCAGCACCGGUCCGUCUUACCUCUUUCUGUCGCUGCAGCUAACCGUGCCCAAGGACCUGGGGAACACCACAAUGCAGGAGCUGCUGUUGUCCAAGCUCCGUGAGGAACUGCAGACGACGUUCCCAUGUGCUGGCCUGGGGGUGGAGUGGCGAGGGGAGAGGAGGACCUGACCACUGCUCCUUGCCCGGCCAGGACCUUCAGGGCUGGCACCCCUGUCAACUGGCAAGCCUUCUGCUCCCAGCUCCUUACUUCAUGGUAGUGCAGCCUUUUGGGGUGACCUGUACAGCUCCUCCUAAGCCUGGGACCCCCUGUCCUUCACUGCACACCCCCAGAGGACCCCCAGUGGGCUGGAGUGCCCCUUUCCCUUCCUGUAGCCUGUCUGUAGAGCCCGAGACCUCCCACCGCCCUGCACCAGACCUGCCUCCCACGGUGGGACCCCCCCAGAGCUGCUGGGAGGAGGGGACCCGGCAGGGCUAGGCCUCAGCCAUGAAAACCACCCUGGGGACCGACGGAUGAGAGAAAGGAGACCUGGAGCCACUGGUACUGCUGUGCUCUGUGAUGAUGACCUCAGAAGAUCUGCAAUCUGGGGAGGCUGCGGUGCCCAAGAUCUCUCAGAGAUGGUCCAGGGCUGUUUCACAGCCAGAGUGGGCCAGGAUGGAGCCCGGGGAUGCCUCUGGGAAGGAGGCAGGAGAGAAAAACCCCUCUCUACCCCUGGAGUCUCAUCCUGGGACCGGCCACGCUCCUGAGCCCUGUGGCGCAGAGGGCGAGUGAAGCCAGAGCCCGGCAAACCAGCUCUCCCCUCCUUCCUGGGGAGUCAUUGACAGAGAAGCACAACCAUGCCAACACGGAUGGGGAACAGAGGGAAAUUCCACCUUUUUCGUGCCAAAGAUGAUGACUGAUUUUUUUUUUUACAAGUUGACUUCCCUGAUUUUCAGCGUCGCCAUCUAGCAGAGGGACUGGCAAGGAAAAUUGGCUGAGUCCCCAAAAGCUUCGCAGCAGAGAGACGGUCUCAGGGCUGUCCCCUCCUGGCAGCGGCCACCACAGACAUUCCUGAGGACGGUUCAGCACCCCGACAGGCUGGGGGUCCCUGCUUUGGUGCUCUCCACCCCAUGGCGCCUCACAGCUGCCCAGGCAGCUGAGCUCACCAUGGGGCCGUGGAAAUCCCGUGGGCUGUGCUCCUUCCCUGUUUUUUUCCAGUCCCAAGCUAAGGAGACAGCCACAGCGUCUGUCCCCCUGCAGCAAAGUCAUUUAUUAACUGAUUAAUUAGCCAGAUAAAAUCCAACCAAAGCAAUUAUUAGCCUAAGCAAGUCACCUCGCUGGGAGAUUGAAAACUGAAAUAAUUAGCAAAAGAGCCGU